CUCCCCUCCACCUCUCCUCACAUUCCUCCAUUUUCUCCGCUCUCUCUCUCUCUCUCUCUCUGUUCUCUCAUAAUGCAUCAAGCCAUUCCAUAUAGGACCUGGAUCCCCGCCGGAGCACGUGCCUCACGUGACCUAUCUCCUGCUGCGGCCACCCCGGUUGAGUUCUCCGGAGGAAUUACCGCACAGGCCAAUGGCGCGGAUCCCGGCACCGUGGCCACGAUGGUAUCGGAGAACGCGGUGAUAAUAAUCGGAAAACGCGGGUGCUGCAUGUGCCACGUGGUGCAAAGGUUGUUACAAGGCCUUGGCGUGAACCCCCCCGUGUACGAGGUAGCCGAGGCGGACGAGGCCGCCGUGGCCGCCGAGCUGUCCAGGAAGAUUGGGCUCUCCGGCGGCGGCCAGGGAGUGCAGUUCCCGGCGGUGUUCGUGGGAGGGAAGUUGUUUGGAGGGUUGGAAAGAGUGAUGUCCACACAUAUCUCCGGCGAGUUGGUUCCGAUCCUGAAGGAUGCUGGAGCCUUGUGGCUCUGAUGAUGAGAAUCUGACUGGAUAAUUACAUAGAUACAUACAUAUACACUUGUCCAUCCCAUGAUGUUUGUGUCUGUUUCAUGAUUGGGUCUUGUUAAUUAUGAGCUCAUCAUACUCUCCCCUGGUUAAUGUUGUUUAAGUUCUACUUCGCGGAGAGAUAAUAUUGUUUCGAUUUUUGUUUCCGGGAUCCUUGGAAACUAGUUCUUGGAGAGCAAGAACCGGGUUGAAAACCAGGAAUUAGAGUUUAGAGAGCUUUUUGUACAUUAUUGAUCCCACUGAAUUGAGAGUUUUUAUGGAAAGUUAUGCAGGGCUAUACCAGAUUCAUCA